AUGUUCGCCGCAGCGCACCGGGAGUUCCAGGUAGGGGUUGUCUUUCGGGCAGGUUUGGCCGCGGCGAAGUCUUGGGAACACUGCGGCGAAGUUGUUCAGGCUAGGCAGGAACAGGAGAAAGAUGCUGCUAUAGCUACAACAAUAGCAGCAGUACUGGCACAAUUGCAGCAACCCAAACAAGGUAUAGCCGAGACAGCCCAGCCCUGGAUUGUUGAAUUUGGGAAACACCACCCUCCAGGCUUUAAGGGGACCUUUGAUGUGCAAGUAGCUGAGGACUGGAUAACUCGGCUUGAAAAGAUUUUUAAUAUUCUAGAAUGUCCAUUUGAGAGGAAGGCUCAGAUGGUAAUCUACAAAAUAGAAGGGGAGGCUGAUAGAUGGUGGAAGAAUACUGAGUUGGUCCUCCAGGCCAAUGGAACCCUGAUCACAUGGGAAGUGUUUAAGGAUCAAUUCUUUCUGAAAUACUUUCCUCGAUCUAUGACGGAUGAGAAGGAGGCAAAGUUUCUUACCAUAAAGCAAGCCAUGAAUAAACCCUUUGAUAAGUACUUGGUGAGGUAUAUCAAGUUGUUCAGGAACUCCACUUAUCUCUAG